AUGACCGAGAUCACUGAUAGCCACCGCAUCAAAGACGAUAUCAAAAAAGCCUAUGAUGACGUUGCCGGUACCUACCUGAAUUGGACACGAAAUACUCACGAAAGACGGCUUUCCUAUCUCAACAUCAUGCUUCAAUCAUUCCACACUGCCGAAAUGAGCGUUCUUGAAUUAGGUUGCGGCGCCGGGGUACCAUGCACUCAACUUCUAGCCUCUCGCAAAAACACCAGCGUCACCGCAAAUGACAUCUCUGAGGCCCAGAUAGCCUUGGCUAAAGAACUUCUCCCCCAGUCUGUGAACCUAAUACAAGGCGAUAUGAUGGAGUUAGAAUUCGGCCACAAGCAAUUCGACGCUGUGUUGGCCAUGUAUUCCAUAUUCCACUUACCACGCGACGAACAAACUGUGAUUCUUCAUCGCAUUUUCGAUUGGCUGAAGCCUGGGGGCAGCUUCUUGCGAAUUUCUCUGGAACUGAAUUUGAGACUGCUUCGAAUCAAUCUUGGUUGGGGGGAUCUUGGAUUUGAGGUGGAAAUUGAUGAGGUUGUUUCAGAUUUGGAGACAGAUAAUGGAGUCUCGCGUGAGGUCCCGUUCCUGUGGAUCUUAGCCAAGAAGUCAAUGUGA